AUGCCUCACCCGAGCCCAACCGACUGGACUGAACUUGGUGAUGAAGAUUUGACCGCCGAGGCCAUUCACGAUGCCCUGGACCCCGUUAAGGAUGACCUUUGGGUGGCUGCAGCCUGUGUCGACCGGCUGAGCAAUGACACGACAGUCCAACGCGUUCUUUUGGAAAUGGGAUUGGAGCGUACCAACAUGGCCAAAAACAGGUCUCAAGCUGCCUCGACGGAUGGAGGAGAUGCUAUUUUGUCUUACUUCCAAGAACUUCCGGCUGACGCGCGGCUUUGCGCCAUUCGAGCUGUUAUUCUACUCAGACUCGAUCGACUCAACACAUACGUGGAGAUCUGCAAAGCGGCCCCGGACGACAUGCAAGGCCCGAAGGAUGCAUGGGAGGAUGAUGACCCUUGGGUAGAAGCUAAACAAACGGCAACACUGGCAGAACCUCCCAUUCCCCUCGUCUCAUUCUUAACCGAUCCCCUCCUUCGAUCAACGCGUUUGUUGGCGUCGUACGAGUGGUUUGCAGCAGUCAAGAUCAUUUUUGACCGGCAUACUACCCAGCUUUGGCCGCAUCGUUUUGUUGUGCUGGAAAGCAUUCCAGAGCAUGCUAAUCCAAGCAGUUACCGCGAAUUACUCCCUGCACUCGACUCAUCCACUAACAAUGAAAAGUUCCUCGAAGCUAAUCUAUGGAGACAAAAUUUGGACUGGGUCGAACAGCAAGAGGUCAAAACUGUGCUUGCCGACCUAAAUUUCUCCUCUCCCGAAGCGGAAGACGUCACUCACAGUUGUCGCGCUGACCCCACUACAGCGGACGAACUCGAAGCAUGGUACAAGAACCGCAUCGAGCUUGUUUUGGAAACGAGUGGGAUGGUGGAUGUGGCCUUGGAACUGGUCCAGCAUGCAGCAUCACAGGGAAUACCGUCCCUCGACGAACUAGGAGAAGAUCUUAGCCUACUUUCUAGGCUAAUAUACGAUGUCACACAAGACGGAAAUGAUGUCGAAGCGGACUGGACACUCGAACGAUGGCACUCGCUCCAUCCACUGGCGGUAGUCAGAGCCUAUCUCCAGUAUUCAACGCCCUCAACAGUCGUCCAAGACCUCUGGCGCCUCGUGAUGCCCUACCUUUUUGUUGUCGAGUCUAGAGCGGAACGCGCAGGCGAUCUGAACUCUGAUAUUCGUAACCGUGUUUUGUACGACUACAUUCUAGGCGUUCCAUUGGAUAUCGCAGCGGCUAUUUUCGAGGCCUCAAAACCCAUUCUCCCCCAAGCCCAGCGAAUCAUCCAAAACAAUGAAGACAUGGCUCGCUUAGCCCUUGCCUGUCUCUACGGAAGUGAUAGCCUGGACGAAUGGUCUGUGAUGAACAGCAUUUUCGAGUGUCUUCCUGCUUGGGAUGUCAACAAAGAUGACAACGACGAGGAUGCCGCUGAUAUGACGGUGGUCUCCCUUGGUCAAUACGUGACACCGUCAACUACUCGCCCGCACUGUACUGCGUCAGAUCUAUUCAUUUUCUUCCGACCUUUGCCUCUUACAUCCUUGUCACGUGCGCUUGAUAUUCUGGAUGUGCAUCUUGAAUCUGGAGAGAUUUUAUCUCGUUGGAGUGUCGCUGCCCCCUUGCGAUGGUUUCUUCAAAGUAAUUCCAAUGUGCCAGAACAGCGGAGAUGGGCUAAUCGCCUGGCGAGACGGGGUAGCACCGACGACAAACUGACUUCCUUGGAAGAUUGGGAGUGGCUACUUGAAGAUAUGCUCAAACUCACUAGUCAGGGAGAGAACGGACUGCGUGGCGCGUUUGGCCUACUAUCCCAGGACGAGAUUCUCCGAAUAUUCUUCAGUGGCCUGCUGAAUAACGGCAAUUUCUCGAUUGCCAAAACCCUGCUUAGAUCCAGAAAAACGAAGAUUUCUUUGUCAGCACAGUCUAUCGAGGAUCUUUGCUUAUCUUGCUCUCGGGAAUUGUACGACAACGCCAAUUCAGGAAAUUUCACGUUUGGUGAUAUGAAAUUAGCAUAUGAAUGCCUGGAUGUACCUCCUUUAUCAGAGCGGUUGCAGCAAGAAAAAGAGUUCAUCGAAGCGACUUCAAGACUAUCCUCGUUCAACAUUAUGUCCAGCCGAGGGACGCCGCUCACGCCUAUAGAAAUCAGACUGACGAAAGAUCGACUUUCGCUAGUCUCGCGCGUUCUCUCCAGCAAUAACGAUGCCUAUAAACACACUCAAGUAAUUCUGGAUCUGGUUCGGAAACUUGGCUUGGGCAAUGACGUCGUCGCAGAGGUCAAGACUCUGGCUAUGCUAGCGGACACGGCGCUACAGGCAGAGGACUUUGUUCGUGCUUACGAAGCAAGUCAACAAAUGAUUGACACCGUUUUGAACCUUCGCUCGAUGCACCCAGACUCACGAGAGACGCAGGAGGCGAGCGAGGUCUGCUGGGUGGCGUGUUUUCAACUCGGACGUCAACCUGAAUUUGAUGAUAUGGAAAAGAAACUCGGUCUACUGGGUCGAGCAUUAGAAAUCUGUCCGCCGGAGCAGUUGCACGAUAUUCUAGCAGCGUGGCGGCGCCUGGAGAAUGAAGACCUUGAUAGUCGGAAGGAACGACUCUCGUCACAUCAGGACUUGAAGGCCAAUGGUCGACCAAAAUCAAGGGGCAUCGUACCUUCGCUGGCGGAAAGACUACAGGAAUUCCAUCUGCCAUCACCUCAAUUGCUCAAUACGCCUGAUGCAGCAGCUCUCGCCAGUCGAACCUUCAGAAGUGUCGCAGCCAAUUUCCCAUUCGGAAUAAAUCGCCCGCAGAGUGUGAGCCAGGAGGAUGAGAGAGCAAGUAGCCGACUGUUAUCGAAAGGAAUAGGCUGGCUGAUAGGCGCUGACGACGAGGACUAG